UGAGUUUUCUAGACGAUAAUUUCAUAAAAUAAUAUAAUAAUUUUAAUAUAGAUUCUUUAAUUUUGCAUUUUCGACUUAUUUAGGGAUCUCGAUUCCGUGCGCCGUGGCCCGUGGGGGCUGCAUCGCACCUGGUUGCAGCGCAGCAUUUUGGGAUAAGGGAGUUCCAAAAUCGCUUUUCCAGAGGGAAGUCAUGGCAGCUAAUAAGCAGGGAAAUGGCUGGUACUCGGUGGAGUUGUACUGCAACUGUAUCGAUGUAACACUGGGCGCGAAGGGCGUCAUCUACCAGGUGGACUUCGAUCCGCAGCCCGGCAAUCGCUCCCAGCGCUUCGGCAUCAUGCACCGCUGGGCCGACAAAAAACAGAUGGUUGAGAACUCCUACAUCUUCGACGGCGGCAGUGUUCUGUACGUCGGCCCAUCCGCUGCCGAAUUAAUAACCGAGGAGUGCGAAGAUGCGGUGGAGUUCAAUCAGCAGGAUAUGAAGGUGCGCAUGCGGCGCACGGCAAAUCUGGACGCGCAGAAUCCGCAGGUGCUCGUCAUCCUCAAUUCCCAGUUGAACCGAUUCCAGGAGCACGAUUUGAAGAUGGUCCGCAUUCAGGAUAACUGCUACGAUCCGGCUGGUAAAUUGGAACCGGAAGGUUACCAGAAACGCCUGGAAAUCUGGCCGGGCUUUGAGACUUCCAUUGGGAUUUUCGAGCAGAAUCGCGUCUUGAUGAGCGUCGAUCAGCGCUUCCGCAUUAUUCGACAAAGCGCUCGCGAUGCGAUGCUGGAGGCGUGGAAAAGUGCGGCAGAACCGAUAUCUGGAAAGAAAAAUACUUUGAGAAAUAUUCGUAAAGAAGUGGACCUGUUAAUCGUUGGCCAAAAAGUCCUCGCGAUGUACAAUCACAAAUUGUACACAGUACAAUAUGUCAUGUGGACAAACUCUGCGGGCGGGUUUUUCGCGUACACACCCCGUGGCACCGAUAAAUCGAAGCAAAAGAAAAUCUCCUUCGUCGAUUAUUUUUGCCAUCGCUACCAUAUGAACGUGACCGAUCACGAUCAGCCGUUGCUGGUCGUGUUGCCGGCCAACAAGGCCAUGCGUUGCCGCGGCACGGAGAUUCUACUGGUGCCGGAACUGUGUCGCCUGACUGGAUACACUGACCAGAUCCGCGCUGAUUUCCGCAUAAUGCAGGCAGUGUCGAAGCACACCAAGCUGGAUCCCGAUCGCCGCAAGAACGCCACGGAGGUCUUUAUCCGCAAGCUGAUUGACAAUGAGAAUGUGCAGAAGGAGCUGAAGCUGUGGGACGUGCAGUACGGCAAGGAACUGGUGAAAUUCUCGUCCCGCUGUCUGCUACCGCAACGGCUGUCCCAGGGAGAACACAAAUACUUUUAUGAUCCUAUUAAGGCCGACUGGAGCACGCACAUGAAAAACAUUCCAUUCCAGACGGCCGUGGUGCUGGAAGGAAACUGGCUUGUGCUGACCACACAGCCUAACCUGGGCAUAACGAAUGAAUUUAUACGCCAGAUUAUUCAGGUCGCUGUGCCGACGGGGAUGGUUGUCCUGCAUCCGAGAGUGGAAAUUGUGGCUGAUGUGUCUCGCUCCUACAUUAAGCGAAUAAAGGAAUUGUAUCAUCCGGGCUUAAAACUGAUUAUGGCGGUGUUUUCCAAUCCCACAAAGGACCGUUACGACGCAUUUAAACAAUUAUGUUGCCGUCGACAUUGCGCUUCCCAAGUCAUUCUGGCAAAGACGAUCAGCGGCGCCCCCGGAAAGAUCAAGAGCGUGGCCACCAAAGUGUGCAUGCAGCUGAACGCCAAGCUCGGCGGCGACAUCUGGACGAUGCAUUUCCCGCUUCAGACUGCAAUGGUCAUCGGGAUUGGCAGUCAAAUCGAUCGUAGAAUGCAGAAAAUUGUGGUGACGGCCGCGGCGGCCUGGAACGUGGGAUUCUCCAAGUACUAUAAUUGUGCGGUCUAUGUGGACGAUGACGAUGAGAUGUUAACUUGUGUUCCGCAACUCAUAAAGGAAUGUCUCCAUUAUUUUUACGCAAAACGACACAAUUUUCCUGCGAGUGUGUUUAUUUACCGUCACGGAAUAUCCGAGGGUCAGCUGGGCAAUAUUAAGGAGAUAGAACUGGCCGGUGUGCGCAAUCUCACCAAUGGCCUGUCUUGGGACAGAAAGAUUACGGUUACUUAUCUCCUUGUGAACGAGCGACCGAGCAUUCGCUUCUUUAAAAACGACAACGGUCGAAUUGAUAAUCCUCUGCCAGGGACGAUUGUGGACAGCAUCGUGACACGCGAAUCUCUCUACGACUUUUACGUCGUAUCACAGAGUGUGCGCGAGGGCACGGUGGCGCCGACAUACUACAACGUUAUCGACGACGAUUCCCAGCUGAAUCCGCAGCAUCUGCAACAGAUGACGUACAUGCUGUGCCACAUGUACUACAACUGCUCGGAAACUAUUCGCAUGCCGGCUCCCGUACAAUACGCUCGGAAACAUGCUAGGUUCAUUGCUAAGCAUCUGCACAAAAUCGCACCGGACCUCUUCCGCCAGUGCAUGUUUUACCUGUAACAGCUUAAUUUAAGAUUGCUGCAAAACAUUCUGCGAAUUACUUCUUUCGGAAUCAUUCUGCCAAAUCUAACCUUUCCAUAUCGUCGGUAUCUUCUUGACAUCUGUCUUCAUAGCCUUUUUUAUUUUCUGGUCAAUUAAUGCGGAAUAAUUGCCGGUGAUUUUUAUUAAUAUUUUUAUUUAUUUUAUUUGCCUGUUCAUGAGACUGUUCUAUAAAGUAGUGCGAAAUG